GUCAGUCUAUACAGUGUUGGUGUGCUGACUACUUGUUUGGGGGGGUCUUCAACAUGGUAAAACUCUGGGAACCCCCCGAAGCUUGUGCAUAAAGGACUAAUCUUGAAGACGCACAGGGUUAAUUUCGAGCCCCCACCACCACCACCCACAUCUCCAAUUUGAAAGCCGCCUCUCUACCGGGAGAGGAAGGCUCUUUUUCGGUCAGAUGGCGUGCUGCAGUCCGCCCCCGUCAUUCUCCAGCCCACACAGACAGCAAAAAGGCAGCCAGCAACCAAUACGGUGCGCCGGAGGAGGAUUUCUGCCAGUGAUUUCAGACGAGGUACGAUACGCAAAGGGGAUUUACUACGCCAAUCUGCGCCGGGGAAGCUGUCGGCAGUAGUUUCACUCCGGGAAUACCGACCCCUGACAUCGGUGGUUGGAGAGACACCUUUGCGUAAUUACGCCGGUUUCCUCUCUACACAUCCGUCUGCCUGAACAAGGUUCAUGUGUUUCCUUUCUCCUGCCUAAACUUUCCAGUGCUGUGUGCCAUGUCUCUGCCACGCACUCUUGGGGAGUUGCAGCUGUACCGGGUGCUGCAGAGGGCCAACCUGCUGGCCUAUUAUGAAACCUUUAUCCAGCAGGGUGGCGACGACGUGCAGCAGCUCUGCGAGGCAGCGGAGGAGGAGUUCCUGGAGAUCAUGGCACUAGUUGGCAUGGCCACCAAGCCACUGCAUGUGCGUAGGCUGCAAAAAGCCCUCCGAGACUGGGCGGCGAACCCUGCCCUUUUCAGCCAGCCUGUGGCUAACGUCCCUCUGGGAGGCAUUCCGCUGUUCAAAGUUGAUGGGACCAGCCCAAGUGGAUCAGCAGGUGGGCCCAGGAAGUCUGUGAGUAAUGGGCAGCCGGGGUCCCCCUGUGAAAGAGAGGAUCGGGCGUGUCUUACCCCAAUGCACAGUGGGAGUCCAAGAAGCCCCUGCUCUCAGGCCUCUCCACAGCCACCAGACACACACUACAGGGAAAAGCUGUCACCCAUGGACCCACACUGGCUCAGCCCAGAGCCGGAUGGGAACGGCAAUCUGACUUCUGCAUCUGGAAUAGAGGAGGAGCCGCCGAGCCCGCCGCUGCUGUCCACAUGUCCUCCUGGUCCCUCCACAUCUCCGAGCCCCUCUGCAUCUUUUGCCCCGACGACUCUGUCAGCCUGGCCAGGAGGGCAGCUGGACGGGGAGACGGCGAGGGCAGUGGUGGAGAGCGUGGAUAGGCUCCUCAGGACCCUGCCCAGGUCAGACCCCGCGGAGGUGAAAACUCUGCUGAGGAUGAACAAGAAGAUGGCAAAGACUGUGGGGCACAUCUUCAGAAUGGGGUCCCAGGAUGUGAACAAGGAAGAGGAGAUCCGGAAAUACAGUCUCAUUUAUGGACGCUUUGACUCCAAGAGGAGAGAAGGCAAGCAGCUCACACACCAUGAGUUGAUCAUCAAUGAAGCUGCAGCCCAGUUCUGCAUGCGCGACAAUGCCCUUCUGCUGAGACGGGUGGAGCUCUUUUCUUUGGCUCGGCAGGUGGCGAGAAAAUGUGCCUACACCUCCACUCUGAAGCAUGCAAGGACAAAUGCAGAUGAGAACAACAUACUGUCCCUGAAGAGAGCGAGACAUGAGGUAAUCGUGCCUGAGAGUGUGUCAUCGCUUCUCGGAGUGGAGGGAUCUGAGGGCUUGACUCAAAAGGCAGAUGAUGACAGCUUGUCUGCAGAAAGCCUGGACAGUGUAUCGCACGACAUGGGCUCACAGUGCAACCAGUCCCCAUCCCCCCGUCCCCACAGCGACACCUCCAACCCGGCCAGCUGGAGUCGCCAUCUCAUACAGCAAACGCUAAUGGACGAAGGGCUGCGAUUGGCUCGGAUGGUGUCACAUGACCGGGCGGGAAAGAUCAGCCUAGGGUCAGAUGGAGCUCACUCCACAGACCAUGACAGUAAAGUGGAGAGGCAGAGCUCAAUAACAGCAAUCAGGAGCAGUAGCCCUUGCAUCACCAAAGAUGACUCCAACCAUCGGGGGAAAUGAAACCCUCACUGGGUUAUCAGGGAACUUGUGCUCGGUCCUGCCAGAGAACUCCAGUCAGACAUCUGACGGAGAAAAGACUCUUUCUGACUACAAAAUCAAUACAUUAAAUGUGAGAAUUUACCAGCGACUGAUACCAUGAAUCUGCAGCGGCUUCUAAACCCUCAAGUUGUGAACGAAGAUCAAAAUGUUCUCUUUUGAUUUUUAUAUUCAGUAAAUACAUAAGGGAGACACUGUUUUGUAUGAUUGUUUGAUCACGCGGACCACAUGUCCAGCAGAUUUUAGCUAACAGAGGAAAAAAUGACUGAUUUCUGUUGUUGUGAGCGUUGCCUUGUGGUGGAAGUGCCACCUGCUUCAGACUAAAUAGACUCAACACAGCAGGGGGCACUGCAACUUUGGAAACUGAUUUGUUCAAGUUCCUCCACACAGAGCAGCAGGCUGUAGUUACGUAGAGGAAAUGUGUUUGUAGUAGAGAGAUUUUCAUCGACAGUUACAGUGUAAUGACAGCGUGGUUACGUCCUGUGACGCUCCUCAUCCUCAGGAAACACAUGGAUGUUCUGGUUUAGACAGAAGUCAGCGUGGUAAAAUGGGACAAAGUCAGACAUGAGUGAUGUUUGUGUAGUUUUUUUUUUUAAAAAAAGCAUUUUUGGCAUGUAUUGAUCUAGAUUUCCGCGAGCAUGCGCACAAACACCAACAUCAGGGUCAGAGGCCUUUUUUUGUCCUUUGCUGCAUCAUCUAAUCUGUUAGAUCUGAACCAGGCUGAGCUCUCUGCGAUGUAAAGCCGUCGGUCUUCAUCAUCAACUCGCUCACAUCUUUCUGUUGCACAAAUGGUUGAUGUGGUGUUUAUAUGAGAUAAUAUUUCAGGCUUCUGCUAGAGCCACUUCAUUAUCUUUGAUUAUGUGAAAAUGUACUCAGAACACCUUUUUCUAAACUGACUGGACUGAAUAGACGGUGGUUCAGGGGCAGCUACAGUGUCUUGCUCAAGGGCCCUUCAGCAGGGAGGAUGUUUGCUGACUUCUUCUCUCAUGUUUAAAGUCGUGCACUAAAGUUGCCACUGUCCGCCCUUUGAGAAACCUGCAUUCAAAACUACACUGCAAGAUUUAGAGUUGUAAGAAAUGUUUCAAAAAUCAUUUACCAGGCUAUUUUCAGAAAUCUGGUAAUUACUGUAGAUUUGUGAUGGGAUUUUAUAGGUGUACUAACAAACUUACAUUAUGACGGUGUGUCUUUGGGAAGAUAUUUCUGUAGUCUUGGAUUAACAAAUUGAACCUUGCGUCACUUUUUAGAAAUGGUUCUUUUGUCCUUUAAGAUGUAUAGUAACUCGACUAAUCUCUCUUUUGUAAAAAGUAACAAAAACACAAGUUUGCAGAAAGAAAUCCCAUGGUGCUUGACUUUCGAUACAGCAGCUCCCAUAUGUUUGGUUGACCUGUUUGGCCCUCAGAAAGAUGUGUAUUCAGAUGGCUCAUGUUGAUAAAAAUGUUAUGAUUUUUUUAUUCUAACCACAGAGUAUGUCGGUGAGGUAGCUUGCUGUGCAUCAGUUACACCUGCCUGUCUCUUGAGCAUUAGUAACCUCCUCAGUUUAUUAUGUUGCAAAACAGAUUAUUUAUUUUGUUACAUCUCAAUAAAUGUUAUUUUACUGAUUAAAGCUA